CCCCGGGCCCCGCCGCCGCCCGCCCUGCGCCCCCACCCCGGCUCCCUCUGCCCCGCCCGCUCCUCCGCCAUUUUGUGGCCGAGCAUUGCCCGCCGAGGACCGGCGCCGCGGCGGAGCUUUCCGCCUUUCCCCCGCCCUCUCGCUCUCCGACUCUAGCGGCGCCUCGGCCCGGCCCGGCUCGCGCAGCCAUGUCCUCCGGCGCCAGCCCCGAGUACGCCUCCUUCUUCGCCGUGAUGGGCGCUUCGGCCGCCAUGGUCUUCAGCGCCUUGGGAGCUGCAUAUGGAACAGCAAAGAGUGGCACAGGUAUUGCAGCCAUGUCUGUCAUGAGGCCUGAGCUGAUCAUGAAGUCCAUCAUCCCUGUGGUCAUGGCGGGUAUUAUAGCGAUCUACGGCCUUGUAGUGGCAGUGCUCAUUGCCAAUGCCCUCUCACCUGAAAUCACGCUAUUCAAGAGCUUCCUUCAGCUGGGCGCUGGCUUGAGCGUGGGUCUCAGCGGUCUGGCUGCUGGCUUUGCCAUUGGCAUCGUGGGCGAUGCAGGUGUCCGGGGCACAGCACAGCAGCCCAGGUUAUUUGUGGGGAUGAUCCUCAUUUUGAUCUUUGCUGAAGUCUUGGGUCUCUAUGGCCUCAUUGUUGCCCUUAUCCUCUCCACGAAGUAAAUGUUGCGGUAUGAUGUAAAGAGAUGUAACAAAUCUACGUUUAACAAAAAAAAAAAGCUCCAGAAUGAAAAUGGUUUCUCCAAUGUGUACAGUUGUCCCAAUUUGGUAGUUGAUCUCUUGUAAAUGCGCAAUAUAUGUUAGUGACUCGUCUGUCCUGUGUGUACUUCAAUAUUAACUUGGAUGGGUUGCUCCAGGCCUGCUGCAUGGCUUGGGGUGGCCCGUGUGCAAUUUUCCACCCAUUGCUGUUAGUAUUUUAUGUAUAAAUAUGAACUAGAAAUGUAAUUUUUUCUCUUCACUGGAUGUUUAUUUAUAAAAGACUUGACAUGUUCAUACAUCUAUGGAGCAAGGAUUUUCAAUUUCCCAUGCUAUAUAUAUUAAUCUUAUAUAUAGGUAGAUUACACUGUGGGGUAAAUUGUAAGUGCAGAGAAUUCCUUGGAUGUAAUUUUGAUUCUAAAGAUUGCUGUAGUGUCCUGGUAUUGGAGUAUGAGAAUUUUGUGUUUUAUUACAGCAAUUGUCCGAAACACUCCCGUGUUUCAAUAGUAACUGCGUAUGCUCCGGCAUCAGUCGUGCACCCAGUGUUGGGUUACAAACUUCUACCAUGUUUCCAAAUAAAACUUCCUCACUACA